UCUAAUCACUUACAGUUCCAAAAAUGGAAAUUCUCUAGAGGUUUUUACCGGAUUCAACUUCAACGAUAACAAAACAUAUUUACACAAUAUGACAGAAACUUUAUACAGAAUUCUACAACAACGUGAUUUUCAGUAUCUAGGCUACAAUAUAACCAUCAGAAGUAUUUCAUUUAAUGAAACCUAUUUGAACGCUACCAGCACUCUCUGUGACAUCAGAGAGGCCAUUGAGCCGUGUCUAGAUGGUAAAGUCUGCUACUUCGUGAAUAGCACUCACACUGGGUGCAGAUACAAUACUGACAACACAAACCUGAUUAUCGGCCUUGCUGUGGGUAUCCCUGUGUUUUUCCUGCUGACUGCCAUCAUAGCCGUCUGUGUGUACAUGCGUGUCAAGAGAAGGAACAAAGGGUUCCUAGACAAGUACUCGGAGUACAGUAACGACGAUAAAUCUGUGUUCGCCGAUCACAUCGCCCCCCAGGGUGACUGGAGAAAAUGGAACAUGCCUCGAGGUAUGAACGAUGCUUACGUCACACCUAAACCAGACAACAAAACGGAGCCCUCACAUUUCUAUGAUUACCUGGACGCCAAGCCACGCAAAGAAGGCAUGAAUGAAGGAAAUUUCUCCUGGGAUUUUAUGUUCAAAACUUUGGAACCAGACGGCCAGGAAUUUAAACUCCAGAGACCAAAGAUUAAUUUGGGAUUUCACCAGGACACGUAACCAAUGCAAGCUGACAACUCUGUCAAAGUGGCCAGAUCAAACUUCGUAAUUUAGAUUUUUAAAUUAUUAUCCUCACUGUUUCUUAUGAAUCCAAAAUUGUUUUUAUCUACCUCACUGAUUUUUUAAAAUGCUGUUUCUUUCCUUUAUAUAAUGUUUACGGUUAACUAGAAAUAUUCUGAUACUUUUAUGGCCCUGAUUCAUGUUUUUAUUUUAUUUUGUAAAAACUUAAAAGCUUUAAAAAGAAUUUUAACUUAAAUUUUUUUUUUGCCAUUUAUUGAACAAAAAAAACCUGUGUGACUAUUAAAAUUGUUAGUUAACUAAAUAGAGAUUUCAGAACCCACUUGCUAUAUCUUUUAUUACUGCAUUUAAAAAAAAAACAACUUGACAUAGACAUUCAUUUUUUUUCGGGAGAAAAAAAGAAAAGUUAACAAGCGUUUGUUUAUUUGCUUUCUGAAUUCAGUAAAAACGAAUAGUGUAUUACUAAGGCUAUUUUUUUAAAUGACAGGAAAUCAAAAGAUUAAUUAGCCCUACAAAAAAUAUCAAAUGUUAAUAUAAAUCUCUAUAAUAUAAGCCUUUCUAUUACACACUUUCAAUAUCGAUACAUAUUUUAAGGCUACUUGAUAUAGGCUACAGAUUCUUAAGUCUGUUGGCUAUUUGUUAGAAAAACUACAUAACAUUUAAAACAUGAUAAAAGCCUGUAAGGGGGUUCAAGUUAGGAUUGAUAGAGCCAUUAUGUUAUAUGAAUUUAAUCCACAUAGUUUGUGAUGUGUCGCUUGUACUGUGUUUGUGAAUAGAGGAUAACUAUAAGAGAAGUUAUGCUUUUGAAUAAAAUAUUGACACGAUAGAUCUAGGAGUUUUUACACAAAUUAAAUAAUAAAAUGUUUGAAGCAUCACAGAUUGUCGUAUUGGAUGGGGAAUCAUUACACCAGAAAUGUAAAACUAUUUUAAAUAAAGCAAUAUCCCACCA